AUGGAAGAAGACGAUGACGAACUCUAUGAUCCCACUGAUGCUGUUGCCACCACUGAAACCCCAAAGGACGCGGAUGCAGACGCUAGCGGAACAACCACAGUAACGGAAACAGAGGUCGGGGGUCAAGGGGAGGAAGAAGAGGAAGAGGAAGAGGAAGAGGAAGAUGAAGAUGAUUUCAAAAUCAUAACCGAUGCCCCCGCGGAAGCCAUAAUUGAGCAACCUCAACCUCCUAGACAUUCAGUUCUUCGAAAUGAAUCACUACGGCCCUCAGCAGUCGAAGCCAUAAGCGCCCCUAAAGCUUCUACUCCUUCAGUCGUCCCGAAAUCUGAAACACCCACUCUCCCUCCCGCUAUAGCUGUUAGGCCUGCUGCACCUCAGAAACCGGGCUCAGCAUAUCCUCCCCAGCACACAUCAACUAUCGACGUCAAUGCAAACCCAGUCCACCCGACGACCGGCAAGCCUAUAUUGUCUACGGAUCUAGAUGCCGAUUUUCCCACAGAAAAUGACAAACCGUGGCGAAGGCCUGGAUCGGACAUGACGGACUACUUCAACUAUGGCUUUGACGAAUUUACCUGGGCGAGCUACUGUCUAAAACAACAGGCACUGCGAAAGGACGUGGUCGACCAGAAAAAGCAAAUGGAUGAGAUGCACGCUUUCCUUGGUGCCGGUCUUCCAGGCCUUCCAGGUUCUGCACCAGCACCUGGGCCAGGUCCAGGGACACCAAACGUUGUACCUGGAGGGGGCACCCCGGGCCCAGGCCCUGGCCCUCCGCAAGUCACUGGUCCCCCUCCAAACGCAAUGCCUGGUAUGCCUCCUGGGAUGCCCGAGAUGUCGCAGGAAAUGAUGCAGGGGAUGUUUACGAGCAUGAUGGCACAGGGGUUGGAUCCUUCUUCAAUGGAUCCAAUGACUUUUAUGCAACAUGCACAGGCAAUGAUGGGAGGGGGCCAACCUGGCCCUGGCCAGGGAGGUCCACCAGGUGGACAGCCGGGUUUUGGUGGGCAGCCUCCAGGACAGUUUGGGGUACCAGGCGGGGGCCAGCCACAGAUGGGGUACGGCGGAUACGAGCAGCGCGGCGGAGGAUUUGUCAGAGGGAAGGGAGGGAGGAGGUGGUGA